CAAAUAACCGCGUUUUGCCCAAGAGGGCCUCCCGACGACGCAUGCCAGCUAGAUAUGCUGCGAGUGUGAGUGUGGUGCCAGGGUAAUGCGCUGUAAACGCGGCACCUCCCCUUUCGCCUCCCGCGCCCCUUUUUGAAAACGGACGGCACGCGCCGCCCGCCAUUUUGUUUUCAGUGGAUUUCGAGCCGUGAGACUGCGCGUACGUACCUUUCAGUCUCCCGCGCAAUACACACGACGUUCGCACCGCAAGCAACAUCGUCUUUCCGUUGUGUUAAUAAUUUAUCGUAGUAACUAUAUACUGUAAAGUGUAAAGACUGUAACAAACUGUACCACUGAUCCACAACUUUGCUUAGUUAGUAAAGUCCUGAAACCACACCCUGAGUUCUCAUUUUCUGCCUACUGGCAGUGGCGCAUCCCUUUUGGUAGUUCCCAGUACUAAAUCUGGCACCCACGCCUAUAUCUGGCGUCCCAACAGUGUGGAUUAGUGGUAAAACUAAAAGUGAUCAAACAAUUCGUGUUGUAACUUGUGAGUGUGAUUUUUGUGAACCCCGUGUGUCGAAUUCCGCGACGCGACUCCGUACCUACCUACAUUUGUGCGUACGCGAUACACAUUACGUACGAAUUAUCCGCGUAAUAAUAGUAAUGACGCGUACAAGAAGUAAAGUGAACGCGGAACAACCGCAAGACAUCUACAGCGACGAGGAGCUAGAAACCGCGACUCCCGCGCAAAAGAUGGCGGCCGCGCCCGCGCCAUUAUUUUCACAUGGCAACAGAGACGAUGCAUCAAGCAUUCCCCAUUCCUCUGUGCCACCUCCGCAUCAGCAUGAACACCAGGAGUUCCAGCAUAAUGACGCCGAGGGUGAUGAUGCAACACGCAUUCCCCACCGCCCCUCCGCCCCUCACAUUGCUGACGCAACAUUCUCACAGCAGAGUGUUUCUAUGCUCCUCGAAGGCCUACAAAGAACGCAAACGAACGCUAUAAAGGAAAUUCUAGACAGCGUUCUCGGCCACCGCGCGAUGACUUCGACUCCCGCGCCGGUGCCUACUGAAAGUGGGAAUUUUGCGCGUUGUAAGGCUGUGUUUAGCGGCGCACCUACCGAGUCCAUAGAAGGAUUUAUAGACGCAGUAGAAAGCUAUAAAGAGUGUGCCAACGUGACUGAUAGUAAUGCAAUAAAAGGUAUGUCAAUGUUGCUAACGCAAGACGCGGCCACCUGGUGGCAGGGCAUUAAAAAUCAAGUGACUACAUGGGACGAGGUCGUAAUUAACCUACGGAGCGCCUACGGCGACCGACGGCCGCCCCAUAGAAUUUACCGCGACUUAUUCGCAACCGAACAACAGAUCGAGAAUACCGACGUGUUUGUUGCUAAAGCGCGCGCCCUGUUAUCACGGCUACCACAGAAUGAUUUGACUGAAAAAGUUAAAUUAGACAUGAUUUACGGCCUUUUAAACGUGCGAAUAAGAAAACGACUCCGCAGAGAGGAAUUUACUACAUUCGCCGAGUUAUUACAACAUGCUAGAAACAUCGAAGACUCAAUGGGAGAAGAGGAGCGACGAGCAUCAACAGCGAGGCCAUCGCCGGCCGGCGCGAGUACUUUCCGCACCGCCCCGGCCCCCUCCGCUGCCGGCGCGCAGACACGAGGCGUGCCCGCGGUGCGCGCGCAGCCCGCGGCCUCCGCCGCGCUGCCGCUGCCGCCGCCGCCCCGCGCUGCCGCAGCCCUGCACGCGCCCGCGCAGCCGCAGCCGCAACAGCGCGGCGUGCCAGACGUGAACGCGCCUUUUCGGGCUUCCCCGACGACCUCGGCCUCCGCCUCGGGUCCCGCCCGACCCUACUGUACCUACUGCAAGCGCUACGGUCACCGCCGUGAACAGUGCCGUAAGUUGGAGAACAGAGGUGAGUCUUUCAGAGACACUAAUAACGCGAGUGAAAAUGCCGUAAAUAAGUUCUAUAGUGUUAACGACAAGUAUACCAGUUAUAUUGAAAACGUACCUACGCCUUGUAAAGGUACUGUACCGAAAUGUAAAAAGUCCGGUACCGAUUUUGUACAAAAUUCUUAUAAAUUUCGUAGUCACAAAAUUAAUGACGUAAUAAUUUCGCACAUGUGUCCCGAGGGAAAGUGCAGUAACUCAGAUUUAUCACAUAACGUUCCGUGUACUUGUUGUAACGGUGUAAUGCUAAAGUGCAACAAGUCCGAUUUGGCAUGCAAAUGUAGUACAUUUUUUGUUGACAAUUUCAAUGACGCUACGAUGACCUGCCCGCAGGUAAAGUGUGAUAAGUCUGAUUUUUCACAAAUUCAUGUUGACACCGACAAUAAUGUUUUUUCUCAAAAUAACGCUAAGGGUAAGCGUACAUGUAACGGUAGAUUGCAAAAGUGUAAUAAGUCUGAUUUUUCACAAAAUCAUGUCGACACCGACAAUAAUGUUUUUUCUCAAAAUAACGCUAAGGGUGCUUGUACAUGUAACGGUACAUUGCAAAAGUGUAAUAAGUCUGAUUUUUUACAAAAUUUUGUUGACACCGACAAUAAUGUUUUUUCUCAAAAUAACGCUAAGGGUAAGCGUACAUGUAACGGUACAUUGCAAAGGUGUAAUAAGUCAGAUUUUUCAGAAAAAUCGACUCAAUAUGUCAAAAAUUUUAAUUUUACUGAUGAUGUUAAUUUACUAUAUUGUUAUGAUGAUAAUUAUGUACGUAUUAAGGACGAUGACGACUUGUUGGCAUGUAGCGUCGGUGAUAGUCCCGUCAAACGUCGCGACUUACGUCCCAUUUUCAAAAUCGAGAUUUUGGGAGUAAAUGGUACAGCUUUAAUUGAUACUGCCGCGAAACAUUGUAUUGCCGGUCACACGCUAUAUGCUCUCCUUCUACGUAAAGGCCACCCGCUCACGCCUUCGACGAGGCAGAUUAAACUCGCCGAUGGCCACGCACGUGAGAUGAACGUUCUCACUACCACGUUGCAGGUCCGGUUGGAACACGUUAUCAUCACAAUACCAUUUCUUAUUUUCCCCGAGUCCGGCGACAACGAGACGUUGCUCGGUAUAGAUUUCCUUAGGGCUAUGGGUGUCGUUAUUAAUCUCUCCAAAGAAAUAUGGUAUUUUGACAAGAAUCCUCGUGUUAAACAUACGCUACUUUUUGAACCAACUUCGCGUGGCACUACUUGUGCCUCCACAGACGUUCUCCGGGAUGACGAGGGUACUCAGCUGGAGUCAGCAGAGCGAGAGGAACUCGCCCAGAUCCUCGUUAGGCACGCGCACAUUUUUCGUCCAGGGGGAGCGCCUACACCUUUCGCGGAACACCGUAUAGAUACGGGUGAGCACCCACCGAUAGCAGUGCCCCCAUACCGUCUGAAUCCUGCGAAGAAAGAGGUUAUGAAAAAAGAAAUCGAGAAAAUGUUGCAGGAAGAUAUAAUUGAAGAAUGCGAGUCUGCAUGGUGCGCUCCGGCGUUGAUGAUCCCAAAGGCUCGUGGCGGCGUCAGGUUCUGUGUAGAUUACAGGCGCCUGAAUGCUGUUACCAGGUCGGACACGUACCCCAUGCCGCUGAUUGAUGAGCUGCUUCAAUCAACAAAAAGGAACUGCUUCAUGAGCACGCUUGACCUUAAAUCGGGUUACUGGCAAGUUAGCGUCCGAGAAGAAGACAGGGAUAAGACGGCCUUCAUAUCUCCUCUCGGCAUAUAUCGCUUCAAGCGCAUGCCCUUCGGCCUCAAGAACGCGCCUGCCACAUUCCAGCGGCUCAUCGACCGCCUCCGCUCCUGCUCAUCUUUAAAGGAUGUGGUUCUAUUGGCCUACUUAGAUGACCUUCUCAUAAUCUCAGAGGGGUUUCAACAGCAUCUCAAAGACCUCGAGGCAGUUUUCGAACGCCUGACUGAAUACAACCUCUGUGUCAAUAGGGAGAAGUGUGUCUUUGCAAGGGAGAAAGUAAAGUACCUUGGACACAUAAUCACACAGGAAGGCGUCUCCAUCGACAAUGAUAAAGUCAGUUCUGUACUCGAGAUGAAGGAACCGACCAAUCUCAAGCACAUGAGAACUUUCCUUCAAACGUGCUCGUGGUUUAGGAAAUUUAUUCCUAACUUUUCCCAAGUGGCUGAACCACUAACACGUUUGACACGAAAAAACCAAGCAUGGACUUGGGGCGCAGCUCAAUCACAAGCGUUCAAUGAACUCAAGCGGUUGCUGACUUCAGCGCCCAUUUUGAUUCAAGCUGAUUUUAGUCGACCUUUUAUUUUACGAACGGAUGCCAGUAAUUACGCAUUAGGAGCUGUCUUACUUCAGGGGGAGGAAAAAGAGGAAAGACCAAUUGAGUACGCGAGUCGACUCCUUACCUCAGCGGAACAAAACUACUCUACCACCGAGCGUGAAGCUCUGGCGGUGGUAUGGGCAGUCGAACGUUUCAGAUCCUACCUCGAUGGGCAACCCGUUAUAAUAGGAAGUGAUCACCAACCACUCCGCUGGCUGCUGACUUUAAAAUCGCCAACCGGUCGGCUAGUGCGAUGGGCUCUCAAACUCCAGUCAUUUGAUAUACAAUACCAGUAUACUCCAGGUAAAGCAAAUGUUGUGGCCGACACCUUAAGUAGGCCGAUCUGCUCGGGAGAAACCCGCGAUCAAUGCGGCAUUUGCUCUGUAAUAAUAGACGUACCUGUGAAGAAACCGGAUCUGUUGAGGCAGGAGCAGCUGGCAGAUCCAGAACUGGAGAAGAUUGUCAAAGAACUUGAAGCCAAUGACGAAGUCGCAGCCCAGCGUUGGACGGAGCGGGGAUAUAUGAUGGAUCAAGGAGUGUUGUACCGGUAUAACCCCGACUCAGACAGUGAAUCACCACAACUCGUAGUUCCAGCUGACCAACAGGAAGACAUCUUGAAGCAAUGUCAUGACUCUGCGGUAGCAGGGCAUCCUGGAAUUGACAAUACUUACCGAAAAGUAUCGCAGCUGUAUUACUUCACUGGAAUGCGCAGGAUAAUAACUGACUACGUGAAAGCUUGCGUUCAAUGCCAAAGAUAUAAGGCCAGCAAUAACAAGCCUCCAGGCCUCCUCCAGACGCCCGUCAUGAACCAACGUAACGAGGUGUUGGCCAUAGAUCUAUUCGGCCCAUUACCAGAAGGAGAGGAAGGAGAACGGUGGAUAUUGCUCGUUGAAGACACGGCCACAAGAUGGGUAGAGCUGUAUGCGAUAAAGGAUGCUACAGCUGAAGCCUGCGCACGUGUCCUCAUCGAAGAGUUCUUCAUGCGGUAUGGGUUGCCUCGCAGGAUCAUAUCUGACAAUGGAGUCCAGUUCAUCUCGGCAGUCAUGCGCCAAUGUAUGUCAGUCCUGGGCGUGACACAGAACUUGGUGCCACUGUAUCACCCAGAAGCCAACCCAGCAGAAAGAAAAAACCGCGACCUUAAGGCACAGUUAGCACGAUUGGUUGAAGGAGACCAUAGGACCUGGCCCAAGAACUUGCCGGUAAUCAGAUUUGCCCUGAAUAGUGCCGUGUGUCGUACAACAGGAACAACACCAGCUUACUUGACAUUCGGAAGGGAGUUGCGGUCACCUUCGGAAGCAACACAUGACCAACGUGCCAUACUUGACAAAGAUAACUUUGUCCCACAAAUUACACCCUACUUACGACGAUUCCUAAACUCUUUAUCGGCGAUUAGAGAAAGAGUCGAAAAGCAGCAGGAUAAGGCGAAAGAAUACGCCGAUCAGUCGCGUCGUCAGGUGGACUUUCAAGUGGGUGAUAAGGUCCUCCUAAAAUCACACCUUUUGAGCAAAGGUUCAAAGGCACUCACUGCAAAGUUCAUGCCGAGACGUGAUGGUCCUUACGUCAUCGCCAAGAAGAUAAGCCCUACGACGUACAACAUUGCGCGUAUGGAGCUGCCUCAUGAGAUUAUAGGGAAGUACCAUGUUCAAGAUUUGACUCGGUUCAUUGGUAACGAUGAUACUCCGCCUGAACCAGUUAACCCCGUCAAGAAACGCGGACGACCGAAGAAGGUUGAUGAGCAGCUAGUCCAGGAACGAGGGCGUACACCUGAACUAGAGGGGGAGUAUAUAGCAAAUCAUGUUAAUACAAAUAACCGCGUUUUGCCCAAGAGGGCCUCCCGACGACGCAUGCCAGCUAGAUAUGCUGCGAGUGUGAGUGUGGUGCCAGGGUAA